ACAAUUUUUAGCCAUGCUGCUUUUUAGAUAAAUGCUAGAAAACAGCUGCUUGAUCCGACCACAUCUGCAUUUGUAUGAAUCUGUUUCAACAUGUGUAUUUUUUUCUGUCCCGCAGGACUACGAGUACCCCAACCACCCCCAGUCCACGCAACAGCAGAAGAACGACCGGUGUCCACCGCCACCCCAGAUGCUGCCGCAGAGAGCCUGCGAGGUGCCGGGCUGCCGCUCGGACUCGGAGUGCGAGCGCCAAAAACGCUGCUGCUACAACGGAUGCAUCUACGCCUGCCUGGAGUCCGUCCAGCCUCCACCAGUGCUGGACUGGCUGGUGCAGCCCAAGCCUCGGUGGUUGGGGGGCAACGGCUGGCUGUUAGACGGCCCGGAGGAGGUUCUGCAGGCUGAGGCCUGCAGCACGACCGAGGAUGGCGACGAGCCUCUUCAUUGUCCCACGGGCUACGAGUGCCACAUUAUUAAUCCAGGAAACCCUGCCGCUGGCAUCCCAAACCGGGGACAGUGUAUCAAGCAACAUGUCAACUCUGAAGGACGUCUCAGGCACAAAUACUCCAAGGAUUACAAGGACUACUUGGGUAAGUGAGGUACCAGCUCGAGCAACGGAGUGGACUACGAAAAAAAUCAUCACAAGCACCUGGGAUAAAGUAUGUUUUUUCGGUCGCGUCGAAUCUUCCCGAAAGACUCCUGCCUCUUAGCUCCUUUUUAAACAAAGGCCGAUGUUUUUUCCGGUUCUACCCUCAGAUCGGCCCGACCUCAGGCUCACCCACGGCCUUAACACAACCCGAGAUAUCACCCCAGUCCUGUUCGAUCCGCUCUCACCACCGGAUCCCACUGACCUUUCACCAGACCUCCAGCGGCUACCUCCUCCUCCUCCUCCCCCUAAAGCCCCGUCGCGCAGCCUGUCCUUACACCGUCUUUUGGUCUCCCUCUCUGGGAGAAAAUGUAGCAGUUGAUGGUGAAGCAGAGCAGUUCACCGAAGCUGCCCGUCAUAUGUGUUAGAAGGAAAUAAGGAGCCCGCGGUAUUUCUUAACAACCCUCCCCGUUCCCUGCAGCUCAUUGUUAUUCGCACACACUCUCUAACCUUCGAGGCCGGCCAGCGGGGAAAAUCAGGCCCAUGUGGCUGUGAUUCAUAUUUUGUCUCUCUUGUUCUCAGGAAAAUGGUGCUCAAAUUUCCUGAUCUGAAAUCUGGAAGGUUUUAAAGACUGUAAACAUUAAAAAAGAAAAAGUCCAGCUGCUGUGGUUCUCUUCUCUGAAUCUUAUCUAAGUGGGGUUUAAUGUUCAAAAAUAUAACUCAACCUCCAAGUAAAAUAAUAAGUGCCAUAUGAGUGUGGGGAUGGUGUUGGUUUUAAAGGUUUUUGGAACAGCUGUAGAUUAGUUCAAGCCAAUAAAUGCAUAGUGUGAUUUCAUCUCUAUAAAGGAUUAAAGCAAAUUAAAAAGGUUUAUUUGAAAGGGAGAUGUAUAUUUAACAAACAUUUGAUAGUUUAAAGAUUUGGGGGUAAUUAAAAUUAAAAUUUCUAAUUAUUCCUGAAAUAAAUAAAACAAAUCAAUUAUGUAACAGUGCAGUAUGAUUGUUGUACUUUUCAAUAAUAAUACUGCCUCCUUUCAAAAUAACGGUCUCUUUGUUGGACACAUUUUCACAUCCCAUGUUGCAAUGCAGACUUGUCAAACGAUCCUCUGUGUCAUUUUCAAACAUGGCUGGCUUUAGUCAACCUUAGGUUGUCUCUACUGUCUACUCAAAUCGUGCUCAGUUUCAUUUCUGUUUGAAGUAACAGGAGAAUAGGCAGGUCACAUGAUAAACUGAAAGGUGUCAAACAAAAGGCUUUGUGUAUGUGCAGAGCUAGAGUGAUGUCUGAAUCUUAUUGUUUGACUGGUGCGAUUUUGACUUGUGAAAUAUACAUAAACCACAUUGUUGAAAUAAA